AUGCUUAAUAUUGAUCAUAAUUCAUUUUCUGCAUCUACCGUUCAUUUAGAUUAUAUUACCACAGCUUUAAGUUGCUUGAUGCCCUUUGGACCUAAAGAUGAUGUAUUAGUUUUCAUUGAUAAGGAUGGACUUUCAUUCACAAGACAAUCAAAUCAUAUAAAUAGAAUUCAAUUAUUUUUAUCCAAGGAAUUAUUCAUUACCUAUCUAUUUAAUCAUGAUGAUAACUUUAUGAGACUAAGUCUUAAAUUAAGCCAUUUAUUAAAUAGUGUGAGUGUAUCAAGUCGUCAACAAUUGGAUGAUAUUUUAGAAUGUACGUUUUCCUACAGAGGCCAUGGUACACCAUUUAUGCUAAUUUUCCAAGAUUCAUAUACUACAGAGCAAGUUGAAUAUUCUACAUACUUAACAACUGACGCAGACGGACCCAAUCAAGGAUUAGAGUUAGAUAGAAGCUCCAUACAAUUAGAAUGUAUCAUUCAAGGCGAUGUGCUAUAUACUGCCUUAAAGGAAUUAAGAGAAAUUGGAUGUAAAGAAUGUUAUUUGUAUGCUAAAACAGAUGAAUAUACUAAGACAAAAGUAUUUUCUUUUAUUUCAAAAUCAAAAUUAGGAUUUUCCAAGAUUCGACUACCCAGCAAUAGAUCAAUCAUGGAGAAACUAGAAGUUUACAAUAGUACAUCAACUAUAAUUGGCUUUUUUGAUUUUAAUUCAAUCGAUAAAUUGAGGCCAAGUACAAAAAUUGCUAGUAAAGUCUUAUUACGAUUGGACGCUCACGGUAUUUUAAGUGCUAACAUCUUAUGUCAGAUUGACAAAAUCGCAAUAACAUCUUCUGCAUCUACCAGUGAGGCUCCUGCUGAUUAUCCUGGUGUUGUUAUUGAAAUAUGUAUGCUGGAAAAGGAAAUUAUUGAUUCAGCUUCGAAGAAUGAGAUUGAAGUUUUAAUGAGGUCUAGUAUAAAGGAAAGAACUAUCGACUCUUAUUUCACCACUACAAUGGCAGACCCAACUACGAAGGAAAAUGUGGCUCUUUUCGAAGUACCAACAACCAAUAGAGAGACUAAUAAUGAAGAGAGGAAUGAUAAGCAGCAUGCUGAUAUUAUAGAGGAAGAUGAGAGUGUGCCAAUGUUUUUUUAA